CACAGGAGGUCGACGGUCUUAGCAUUUACGUACUCCUAAGUUUUCCAGACUGAUCCUGACCGUACUGUGCUCGAGUGAUUUGAGUGGCCUCUUGAAGAAGACGACUUGAGGACACACUCCUCAACCUUCCUCUCGGUUCUGCAGCGAAACCGCAAUGACGAACUUCAUUUUCAUUUUAAUUUUGGUCGCUUCUUUCGCGAAGGUAAGGCCACAUUCAACACCCUUCCUUUCCGAGCUCGUACAACAGCUACGCCUUACACCCGGCUACACCUCCAACUCGCAAAGGUUCCUCUUGAUACCUGUGCAGCGUCCCCUAGAUACGAAGCAGGAAGAGCAGAAGAGGCUGGUGGUGGAGACGGCGCAGGUGAUGGACAAUGACAUUGCAGCAAUCCAGCAGGACGUGGGGAUAUCUGUUGAUAUCACAAAAGAUGGUGAAACAGAGCCCAUGCUAGUAGAUUCCUUGGAUGACGUUUUCCUCGAGCAUGAGGAAUAUCAGCAAGUCCCCUUCAGUUUGCAAGUGCCACUGGUCCUGCCUUUUGAUUUCCACUUCAAGCAUGACUCUGGGUCGGAACCCCCGCGAGAGUGCACCGUUGACGCACGGACCUGGCGGGAGAAUGUCAUCACCGAAAUCAUGAACAUUUUGGAACUCCCAGGAACGCCGCCCUGGAACCUUGGAUCGGAAGGGAUCUCAGUCGAAUUCAGACUGAAGAGGAACAAACUGGCGAUCAAGUGGGAACUAGAUUUCGAAGACAAAGACAUUGCCGAGACAUUCAUGACUGACCUGACGGUAUUAGAGGAAGAUGCGCGCUAUCUGUGCAAUGUCUUCAUUCAGGGCACAUCCCAGGUAAGCCUGGAAAACUUGUCUACCCUGGCGGAGUGCAUCUACACUUACCAGUUCAUCCAGGAGUGUGUGUCAGCGGUACGCGGCGCCUACGCGACUAUCGACAAUCCGACCUGGGAUGUCACUCAGAUAGACGGAGUCGCGGACCACGUCGAUAAUAUGCUGCAGGAACUUAUCCAGCAGCACAGCCGUCACUAAGCACUGGAGACUGUUGGGACGCUCAUCACCAUCCCCAAGUCAUCACUGAUUCACCACCAGCUGGGGAGGCAAUGGUAUGGCACAGCGGUGCCCACAUCAUCUGAAUAAAAGUAAAACAAACAAAAUACA